AUGUUCCGCAAUCGGUGAGUCUGGGCUGUUUAAACAAUGUGGCCGCUGGGCGGUGGAAUGGCGCGGCGCGGCGCUGCUCUGGGCUGCUCUGGGCUGCGCUGCGCUGCUGGCCAGCGGAGCGAACAACAGCGCGCCUCCACUGCCACAGGAUCGGCCUCCGCGUUGCGCGACGCAAGAACCUUAACGCUCGACGGUGUGCAGCUGCUAACACAUUCCGUUUGCAAUGUAGGAGGACGUCGCAGAAGCCCAGCGACGAGCUGUACCGCAACUUCAAGGCCAACUUCCCCCAACUCGGCUCCAACGCCCCGCCUGCUGCUGCCACCGCCGCCGCCGCCGCCGCCGCCGCACCGCCGCCCGCCGGCACCACGCCGACGCACACGCACACGCACACGCACACGCAGCACGCGCAGCCGACGACGACUCUGGCGGAGGCGCUCGACGUACCGAUUGACCCGCGGUAAGGCCCUCCCUGCAUCCCCAGCAUCAUUCUAACAGUCCAAGUCACGAUCAACGCAGCACGGCACGCCGUGUCGUGGCAGCGCAAUGUGCCCUGAGAGCGACCGCUGAUUCCCGCCCGACAGGUCCUUGGAAAAUCAGCCGCACGAUAUCAAGGAUGCAGACCCCACCCCGAGAGGCUCCAAUGAGCCUUGGAAUUUCGCCCCCUCCGAUCUCACUCCUUCAUUGAUGGAUCCAAACAGCAACAACUUCAACAUGUUCGCCAACCACAUGUCGGGCUACUACCCGCCCACGCCCGGCGGCACCAAUGCUCUCUACCACAGCCAGGCCGGCGACCUGCACACGCCUGGCUUCGGCGGUAUGGGAGGCCUGGGCACUCCUCUGUCGAUGCCUACGUCCGAAGGCGCCUUGCAUGCUGGCCAGCAAGCCGCGUCCUUCAAUGGCUUCCAGACUCACAUCCCCCAACACAUGCAACCACAACAGUUCCAGAAUGUCAACCCCUUCCACAUGCACCACCAACCGCAGGGCUUCCCGCCCGCGCAAUUCACCCACCAACCCUCCUUCGAGACGAUGGAAGGGCCCGUGGGAGAGUCGCCGGUGGACGACCUGGGAAUGGAUCUGGGAGGCAUGCAUCAACAACACCACUCGCCCGAGAUGCUCUUCCAACCUCCAAACCUCCAGAGCACCAUGCAACCGCCACCGAUACAUCCGACCGGGGAGAAGUGAGUAAAACACUCGCGACCGUCAGUACCAUUCGCUAACGAGUGAUAGGUUUCGAUACCACGUCACUCUCAACGCUCCGACGGCCAUGACCAAGCACGCCGACGAGAUACCCGUGACAUAUCUCAACAAAGGCCAAGCGUACACCCUCAACGUCGUCGACACGCAAUCUCAGCAAGGCGCUCCGGCCGGCAAGUACCGAACCUUCGUUCGUGUCUCGUUCGAGGACGAACAGCAACGCCAGAAGCCUGCCGCCUGUUGGCAACUGUGGAAGGAAGGGCGAGGAACGAACGAAGCCCAUCAAAGAGGCGGUCGUCUGCAGGCUGUAGAGUUCGUCGACUCGAGUCAGUCCAGCGGCGCUGAAGAUCCAAGUAAGCCCAAGGUCGAACUCGAGAGCGCUUCAUUCGACGGCUUCUGCGUCGCUUGGACUCCCCCUUCUGGCGCCGCCGAGUGUCCGAUCUCUGUUCGCUUCAACUUCCUCUCGACCGACUUCAGUCAUUCAAAGGGCGUCAAGGGCAUUCCAGUCCGACUGUGUGCGAAGACGGAACUCAUCGAGGACGCUGCCGCAAUGACGACGUCGCAGGACGACGAAUCCGAGGUGUGCUACUGCAAAGUGAAGCUUUUCAGAGACCACGGAGCGGAACGAAAGCUCUCCAACGACGUCGCGCACGUCAAGAAGACGAUCGACAAGCUCAAUCAGCAGAUCGCGCAGAUUGAAUCUGGAAUGCGAGACCUGGGCAAGCGAAAACGAAGUGCGUCGAUGGCCAAGGGUCUGGACAACAGACCUGGCAAGGUCCCAAAGCAUCGAAGAACAUGGUCAAUGACAUCGGUGAACUCAAACGGUGGUGGCAGAGGCAGCGCCGAAGAGGACCUCCACAUCAAGCUCAUGACGCUUCAGGACAUGUUUACAUCGACGAGACCCGCGAGCGUCCUCUACCUUCGAGGUGAAGACGAAGACGACCCGGAUAGAUAUCCUGUCAAGCUCACCGGAGAGAUUCCGGAUCUCAUUCGAACGGACUCUGCGGACGUGGAUCAGUCGGUCUGGGAGAAGCAGAGCCAGAACGGCAACAACUCUUCCGUGGACUCGCCUACUCCGAGCUCGAACUCUCUAGUCGGUAGUCGCAAAGACUCGUCCAUGCAACAACCCACGCCAGUCGGCGGCCCUUCGCGCAUCAACUCGAACGAGUGGAAGAGCAACCCUCAAACGGCGACUACGGACAUCACACCCUCGGGUCAGGAGCAGCUUCAGAGCCCGCCUGAUGACUUGCCAACCAAGAUCAAGACCAGAUCGCCGAAAGAUGGCUCUGUCUCUGGCUGGAUCGAGGCUCUUGGAGUUGAUCACAGCUACCGAUCGCCUCCCGACCGCACCAUCAAGCCCAUUGCGUCGUUCUACGUGCAGCCUCGCGUGGCCGGCAAAGCCCCGUGCGAUAACUUCUACCGCGCCAUCUACCUCACACAGCGGACCCUCAAAGACUUCACAAACGCACUCGCGACCAAGUGCGACAUCGAACCGACUGAGGUACUCCGCACAUACCGCAUCAAUCGCGAAGGCCUACACGUCCUCUUUGACGACGAGUGCAUCCGUGAACUUCCGGAAGGUCAAGACAUGACGGCCGAAUUCAGCGACAUCCACCCGGACACGCCAGUGAAGCCCCAACGAGAGUGGGACGCGGUGUCCGCAGACAUCCAGUGUGACGGCGACCUCUUCACGACUGAGAAUGUCAACUCUAGCGGCUACGAACUCAAGCUGCUAUUCUAA